AGUGAAUUUUCAGAAGGCAUCCCUGUCAGACGUCCUCUGUGCAACUGAAAGAUUUGGGAAAAAAAAUCUACGUACUUUCACGUGAAAUUUUGUGAACAAUGUGAAGUGAACUUUUUGGUGGAUUUUGUGCUGGUUUUUCUAUCGAAUUGCUGAAAAGACACUUGGACAGGAUGAGGGAGAAAUUGCCUGAAAUUGUCCUUAUUCUUGCCAUGACUGUGGAUUUCAUUUGUGGACAAGAUUACUCGGGAACUGCGGUCCAACAUCGCACAAAUAGACGGCGACAUCAUCGACACAGAGGAGUCCUGGAGCUGGGGAGGUCUGUGGCUUUCGUGGAUGGAGAGGUCAGGUCUAUGCCGCUGUUCGAGGCGACUGAUAUCGACAAUGAGAUUAUUAUGGAACCAAUCAAUUUACCACACUCCACCGACGAAUACACUCAUUUUGCCACCUCAGAUGUCUCAGAUGGCGAAACUUCCUCAAAGCCGAGGGGCAUAGAAAGGUCCAUGGAGACCCCAUCUCGUCGAUACCGGAAACGCCAUCACCAUCAUCGCCAUUCUGAGCAUCGGAGGCAGCGGAAGCGGAAAAAGGCACGCCUAAAGGAAUUGGAUGAGCUACGGAAGAAGGUGGCUCGUGAGGAGCGGAAAUGGUGGAGAAAGCGUAAGAAGGAGUUAGAAUUUGAGGAGAUGUUCUUCGACCAAGAAAGUCACAAUCCCAAUGUGAUUCCCACUGAAGAACCAACUCCAUGUACAAAGACACCUACCACAGAAUCCAUUGAGAAAAUGCCAGAAAAUCGGACAAAUUUGUCCAGCAGAAUUGAUCAUUUUCGCUACCACCGGGUGAAUUCGGUGUCCAAAAUUUCCCACCGAGGAGAGGGACAUGCUCUGCCAUUUGUCGCCAUUACCGACCCGCGACCUCGUGAUGUCAACACGAAAAAAGUUCAGCCCCAUCAACUGUAGGUUCGUAAGGAAGUUUGAAAAUUUUGUUGAGAAAUUUAUAUCAAAUUUUACGUUAGUAGAAAUUCUCCGCAAAAGGUGCUGUAUCACACUGACCAUCAGAAGAAUUGAUGCAACUUUAUAAAAUGAUGAAAUUAAAUGUUUGGCAUUAUGCUUUACUUGACCAAGAUUUAAAGUAAAGCUUCGAAAUUCUACAUUCAAAUAAAAUGUUAAUUCACAAUUGGAAAAAGGUUGAGCCAUUAUCAAGCGCGGGGGCAACUAAAUCCUUUAUUAUUAGUAAAGCUUCUUGGUCCUCAUGGAGUACCACAUACACCAUAUAUCAAUGUACUUAAGGAUAAAAAAAAUUGUUCAAUGCAUUAAGCCGGUCACGCUUCCAGUGAAAAAAAAGGGUGUGCGAUUACCUUUGUUUCCUCAUAAUUUUGACAAUUUUUAGGUUAAAAACACUUUAAUGUUAAUUUUACACAAUUUUAAGUGUAAAAUUAACAUGAAAAAGGGUAACUUUAAUCCCUAAUACACCUAAAAAGCAUAAGUGACUAUACACUGACUGAGAGAAAUCCGAAAAAGUUGAAUUACUUUCCGAAAAUGUUAAUUUUACCCUACAGUAUUGAUCCGAAAACGGUGUAAAUAUUACCCUUUUUAUGUGUUUUAUGGGUUAAAGUUACCCUUUUUUCAUGUUGAUUUUACCCUUGAAAGGUGUAAAAUUAACAUUAAAGAAUGUUGAUAUAUUUUUACACCCAAAAAGUGUCAAAGUUAUGACGAAAAAGAGUUAAUCGCAGCCUCUUUUUUCUCAGUGGCAGUGUACACACUCAGAAAAAACAGGUGUGCGAUUAACUUUUUUCCCUCAUGACUUUAACAUUUUUUAGGUGUAAAAAUAUAUUAAAAUUUUUUAAUGUUAAUUUUACACCCUUUUAAGGGUAAAAAUAACAUGGAAAAGGGCAACUUUAACCCCUAAUACACCCAAAAAGCAUAAUAUUUACACCGAUUUCGGAUCAAUUCUGCAGGGUAAAAUUAACAUUUCCGAAAUGUUAUUUUAACUUUUUCGGAUUUUUCUCAGACUAUUGAACAGAGAUCAAGUAAAAUAACUUUUAGUAAAAACUUGAAAUGAUGCUUCAAAUUAUUUCCUUUUUAGUACAUUUACAGUGAAGUCCGUGACUAUGGAAGACUUUUCCAUAAUCUACGACUAUAGAAACGUGUCUGAAACGUCCUUGCUCUCGCCUAAACGCGCCUAUAAUUUCGUAUUUAUCUUUUUCCGUAACUAAAUUGUUUUUAGGGCUAAAAUUUAAUUUCAUCAGGACAAUUUUUUUGAAAAAUAUCAGAUUUUUUUGUUUAUUUCUAAAACUGAUGGAUUUUUAAAAAUAUGUUCCUUGGUUUAUUAUAUUGAGCGGAAUGUUAAAUUUUACAUUAUAAAAUUGUCACUCUGUAAAUUGGUGUUAUGACACUCAAUUCAGUUUGAAUAAUUAAAGAGAAAUCAAUACGUUUUAUUGAGUGCCUAUACAAAGUGAAUUAAAAAGAAAUAAUGAAUGAAAUUAAUGGAAAAUAUUAUCAAAAAUUACCAGUCAAAGCUACAAAUUUAUUUAUAUUACACCAUCAUGAAAGAGUUAUUAAAUUCACACUCAAUUUAUAUGAAUUAACAAUUUACGGCUAAUGACAUCCAACUUUUACAUUUUAAUAUUUAAUAAUAAUGCUUUUGUUUAAUUAAUUAUAGCAUAGGCAUGAGUUGCUCAUACAAUUCUGAUGGCUAGUGUUAAAAUCUGAAAAGCGACGGAAGACUUUUUGGUGCAAAAAACUCCCUCUCCUUCAUUGAAAAAUCCAUUUGAAAAUCAUGAGUUUCACAUUAUCAGUGAAAUUUUGGUAAACUUUGUGCCAUACUUCAAUUAAAUUUUACCCCAACAGUCGUGGUUUUCAGUUACCAAGUAAACAUUUUACUUUUCUCACCAAAUGUGGAAUGUCAAAAACCAAAUAUUGGAAAAAAACAGACACUAUAUAAACAUUACCAGUUUGUGUGUCCUUCCAUGUAAUGACGUUAAAAAUGUAUAAAGUAGUCCCAACAAUGUAGUGAGAGAAAAAAAAAUCUGCUGAAAAUAAAUGAAUAGCAAAUUUGUAUUGAUUUUUA